GCGUGAGAUCGACGAAGUGCAACUUGGAUGCCAAUAAAGGCGAGGUGAACGACCCUUGUGGGUCGUUAUAUGACGGUGUGUGCCAGGGGAAGUACUGUGCGUGCCCGGCUGGCACCCACGAAGACAAGAAUCUGAAGAGAUGUGCGCCCGGAGACGCGGGCAAGACUUCGUCAGGAGGAACACAAGCAGCAGGAGGAGGAGACUUCUUUGACCUUCCUUUUGACUUUGACCCCAACAAACCAGCUCCAGCUCCCGCACCAGCUCCAGCUCCCAGACCUCCUUCCCAGCCCAGACCCCAACCUCAGCCAGGUCCACAACCUCAGCCAGGUCCACCUCAACCACGUCCACCUCAACCAGGCCCUCCUCAACCAGGUCAGCCUCAACCAGGUCAGCCUCAACCAGGACAGUAUCCAAAUUAUCCAGGUUAUAAUCCUAAUCAGCCUGGAUACAAUCCAAACCAACCAAGUCAUUACCCAAAUCAGCCAGGUUACCGGCCUGGAUAUAAUCCAGAUCAUCCUGGGUAUUACCCAAAUCAACCAGGGUAUAACCCCAACCAGCCAGGAUACAAUCCAAACCAACCUGGUGGCCGUAGCCCUACCAGAGCAGGUGGAAGCAGUGAUGUAGGUGAGAAAGCAGGUGGUGGCGUAGGUGGCGUCCUGGGACUCCUGCUUAUUGGCGCUCUGCUCUACUUCUGCUGCUGCCGGGGAGGAAAACGCAAAGAUAUGAUGGGCAGGUUGCAGGGUCUGCCAUUCAUAGGUGGCAGGGGAGGGCAGGCAGCUGCUGGAGGAGGAGCUGUACAGAUGCAGCAGAGUGCAGGUGUACAGCAAGAUGCUAACUUUGGCUCACAGCAUACAUACAUCCCCCCAGGGGGUGAGAUGCCCCCAGGGCAGUACCCAGCAGGACCGUAUCCGCCCCAGCAGCCGUACCCAGCAGAUGGGCCUCCAGUGCAGCCUUACCCACCGCAGCCCUGCCCACCACAGCCUUACCCCCCACAGCCCUGCCCACCGCAGCCCUACCCACCACAGGCUGCUCCAUAUGUGGCCACUGCUCCUCCAGCAGGUUAUCCAGGGGGCGGCAGCAACCUCCAGCGUACACCCAUCAGUACCAGCCCAACACUCAACUCCACAAUAGUCACACUAUUUUAUGUCGGUUGUUUCAAUCUUCAGUGUUGUCGUUUGCAAUGCAGACUGCCGAGUGCAGGCAAAAAAAAAUUUAAGCUAAUUUUGUUUGCUAGGUUUAGUAUAAAGUAGAAAUUUUCGUCUCUGUACAGAUGCUUCAUUAUUUUAGCUUAUUUUAAUAAAAGGUUUAUUUUAAUUGUCUAAAUAAUGUAUCUUUUUUUAUAUAUUUAUGAUAAAGAAUAUAGCACAGUCCACCUGCUUAACCCUUUGACUGUUUACGCCAUAUAAAUACGUCUUACGCGCCACUGUUUCUGACGUAUAUAUACUCAAUACGUAAUUCUAGCGUCUUCAAAUCAAGCGGGAGAAAGCUGGUAGGCCCACAUGUAAGAGAAUGGGUCUGUGUGGUCAGUGUGCACCACAUAAAAAAAAUCCUGCAGCACACAGUGCAUAAUGAGAAAAAAAAAACUCUGAUCGUUUUUUUGGAUUAAAACGCCGACUUUGAGGUGUAUUUUCAUAUAGUA